AAUAUGCCUCUAAUGGGGAAGAUGUAGCUAGCCCGCGAAUAAUUUCUGCGUGUUCUUGUGUGUAGUUUUUUUUGUUUCUCGAAGGCAAUAUGGAUGGCGAUUUAUUUAUGGAGUGUGAGGAGGAGGAGCUGGAGCCAUGGCAACAGAUGUAUGAUGACGUGGAUGAGGAGGAGUUGGAAUUCAUCGAAGGUGACAAUGACAAUGUCUGUGAUGCCUCCUUUACGACCGCCCAAAAGACUGCAGUUCCCAGCGUACACCCAGGCAAUUCCUCGGGUGCACAGCAGGUCCCGGCAAAAGUUUCCAACCCAGUCAUGUCAUCUGCCUCGCUACUCACCCCUACAGCAGCCCCAGUGGUGUCAUCAGUGAUACCUCAGUUUAUGGUCCCCACUGGGUCCCCCAGUGUGCCCCCCCUGAUGCCAACCGGCCUGGUCCAAGGACAGCAGCUGAUCCAGAUUCAAACCCCCACGGGCCUGAGCACCAUGCUGCUGCCCGCUGCUGGAAACACUGGUGCCAGCCCUGCCAAUGCCCAGCAGAUCUUCUUCACCCAGGGUUUUCCUGUCCAAAAUGUGAGACCUGCACAGAAGCCUAUGGGAAUAGUGCUGAAUUUACAACAAGGGCAGAUGAUUCGACCAAUCACUCUGCUGUCUGGCCCUGGAGGGCAGUUCUUCGCUCCGGCUAUGGGGAUGCCCCAGGUUGUGACCCAACCUGCGCAGAUUAGGCACAGCACUGCCCCCAGUGGUGGCGCGACGCAGGUGCCAGCCAGCACAUUUGCCACCGUGCACAUUCCUGCCACCCUCACCGUACGUACCGCUGGGUCGGCCGGCCACGCCACCCCGGUCACCCCGGGGCUACGGACCACCAUACACUGCCCUGCGUCACAGCCUCAGAUACUGAAACUGAACCAAGCCCCAGUCGCUGUCCAAUCACAGAUCCUGCAGGUGAACAACAGCCCGGCCAGUGGGCCUGUGGCACCGCACCUGAGCCAGGGCAACAAAGCUGAUCAGGUGCUGAAAAUAUGUCCCCGAUGUGGAGCCCAGUAUAAAAUGCCAGAAGCCCUUCAAGGUCAUAUGUGUUUCUGCUGUCCGGACCUGGUCAAUACUGCCAAGCCUUCGACCAGUGCUGGCCCUCUGAAUCCCGCCUCAGACCGGCCACGGGCCCCCACCUCCAAUCCAGACCCUAUGCCCAAAGUGGUCAUGUUAGUGGACGAUUUCUACUAUGGCCGCUUCGAGGGCGAACCAACACCGGUCGACAGCCAGACCUCCAAGCUCACCUUCUCCUUCAAAUGUAUACUCUGCCCAAAACGAUCCAACAGCAACAUCAGGUUGAUGGACCACAUAAUGCAACACCCAGAGAUGACUCAAGGUGUGGACCCACUGACCUUCUGUGAGCACUGCUUCCGCCAGUUCUCUACCACUGCCCAGCUUCAGCACCAUAUGGAGAAUGUCCACGGGCCCAUGCAGACUUCCAGUUGCUGCAAGAUAUGCGAGUGGGCUUUUGACAGUGAACCUGUGUUCCUGCAUCACAUGAAGAGCACCCACAAACCAGGAGAGAUGCCCUAUAUCUGCCAGGUGUGUGGGUACCGGUCCUCUUUCUAUUCGGACGUGUUCAACCACUUCCGUAGCGCUCAUGCAAUGACAUGCAACCAGCUCUGCGUGUACUGCCUGAAGGUGUUCAAGAGUCCCAACUCCUACCAGCAACACUUUGUCCGGCACCAGGGCAGUAAACUGAGCCACUGCAACAAAUGCCGGCUGCAGUUCGUCUCCUCCUCAGACAGGAUGGAACACAAGACGCGUCACCACAGGACCUUCCGGAAGCCCAAGCUGCUAGAGGGCCUGCAGCCUGGGACCAAAGUGACCAUCAGAGCGUAUGCUCACCACAAAGGAGCACUGCCGAAGAAUAUACCUCUUGACUAUAAGACAACAGGCCCCACACCUCAGGCAGGCCAGGCCAGCGUUAACCACGUGCAACACAAACAACAUCAGCCCAAAACAUCUCCACAAACCACGCAAAUAAUCACUAGGAAAUCCACUAAGCAGCUGGAACUGCUCACCAAGUUUCAGAAACAAAGGGUGUCGGUGGACAAGCAGCGGUGUAUGGAGUGCAGCGCGGAUGUGUCCAGCUUCCCCGACCACUACCCCACCUUCGUCCAUUGUGCCGUGUGUCCCUACAGUACCUGCUGCUCACGCUCCUACGCGGACCACAUGAUCACAAAUCACGCCCCGAGUAUGAAAACCAACCACGUUCCCUUGCACAAGCAGCCACCCCCUUGCUACCUGAAGUUGCGUUGUGCAGGUUGUGAUUUCGUCUCUCAGACGGGGGAUCUGAUGGCCAAGCACCUGGGCCAGUUCCCAGGCCACGGCUCCAGCAACUGUACACCAAAGGAAUAUCUGGAGUCAGACAUUGAUUUCUGCCAAGAGGACGAGGAGGAAACUGGAGAGGAUUUAGAAGUGAAGCCUGAAUGGGCGUUAAUGGAGAACUGGAGGGAACCUUCGCUGAGUGGAGGCGACUGCCAGUUAGCCACCAUCCUUGACUUCACAGAGAGCUGUGGUCCUUGCCAUUCCUUACACAAAAACAGUGAUGCUAUAGACUACUUCAACCUGCUUUUUCCAUACUCGCUCAUGGAGCUCAUUGCCAGCGAGACCAACGCUUAUGCCAAGACCUGCCAAUUUCUUGGGCAGCGUGAUCUGGACUGGGUCCCCGUCACCGCUCACGAGAUCAAGGGCUUCAUAGGUCUCAGCAUUCUCAUGGGCCUCCAGAGCCUCCCAGAGCCUGCCAACUACUGGUCAUGGCAGCACUACGACAACUGUCAUACGUUCUUUAGGGCUAUGUCCGUCAAGCGCUUCCAGCAGAUCUCCACCAACAUCCGGAUGGGGAGCACGCUCAUCUCCACGGAGGAGAAGGAGGGUGGCUGUGACAUGCUGAGUGUCUUCAGACCUUUGCUGAAUAUCCUAGGUGACUCCAUGUGGAAAGCCUACCAACCCAACCGCUGCCUGACCAUCGACCGAGCUCUGCUGCCCAGCCUGGAGACAGAGGCUGGCCAAGCGAAAGGGUCCCCCAAGGCUCAACCAGGGGUGUGGCUGCUGUGUGACUCCAAAUCGGGCUACUGCCACCGACUUCUGGUCCACAUGCGGAGAGAGAAUGUGAAGGAACUGGGGUUCAGUGUAGUGCCCACCUUAGUGGAGGGACUCCAGGAAAAACACCACCAGCUCUUCCUGGGCAGCUCCCUGGCCUCUGUCCCCCUCAUGCACAACCUUUUGGACGAGGGCAUAUACGCCUCCAGUUCCUUUCCUCCGCCAAGUCCUAUUUUCCCUAGGGAACUAUGGGAGCACGGUCAGCUCAAGAAGCCUGGGGACUACCUGCAGAGGCAGUUUGGACCCUUGUUGGCCACCCGCUGGAAAGACACAAAGGAGAUGGGCUGCUUAUCCACCAAUGCUGUUCCGGGGCAGCCAGACACAGUGUGGAGAAAGUCUCAGACCAAAGUAGGCGAACUAAGCCCCAUUGACCGGCCCUUAGCAUUCCGACUUCUGCAGGAGAAUAUGCGAGGGGUGGAUAUCUGCAAACAGCUGUUGGCCUGCAAUCCUCUUGGGGGUCUGCCAUUAGACAAGCACUGGCGUAGCCUCUUCUGGUUCCUUGUCAAUCUGAGCAUAGUCAAUGCCUUUAUAGUGCUGCGGGAGAGCCGUAAAGACAACCCUCCACCAUGGGUGCAGGAUGGUCUUUUUACCCAGGCAAACUUUCGCAAGCGCUUAGGGCACCAGCUAGCCAAGUGCGCGGAGAGACAAGCGCGCAUUCACUCUGAAAUUAAGGAGGGAUCAGCUGGAUUGCGAGAUGUUGCACUGCAAGGCAAUCCAAAUACGCUGAGGCACAGAUUGGUUAAACUCACUGCCAAGACCAAGAGAUGCAAGAACUGCAAUCUGAAGAACCUCCGACAUGAGAGUGUGUUUGGAUGCAUCGUUUGCAAAGCCAACCUGUGCAAACGCCCCAGCUGUUUCUGGGAAUAUCAUGGCUUCUCACCCCACCACUUAGGCUCCCCUAAGGUUGGAUUCAUCAAUGAGGAUAUGAGGAACACUAUGGAAGCAGAUCGCUUUGAUGACGGCAGUGAGUGGGGCCCCUUAGGUCCUGAGAGUGACCUGGACGAGGCAAUGGCCCCGGUGGAGGACGUGGCCACAGACACAGAUGACGAAGAGGCUGAGUUUGAAGUUCUUGCCAAGAACAAAUGUGAUCUUUCUCCUGAAGGGGAGUCCAAACAGCAGCCCGUCCUAGCCGAUCCUCCUGUUGCCCCUCCAAUAGAACGCCCGGUGGUUAAGGAAAGGGAGGACACUCUCUCUGUGCGUCUGCUGAGGAUUGUGCUGUUUGCCCUGUGCUGCGGGGUACGUCAAGCCGCCAAGCAGCUUUCCACCCAGCCCAGUCUCAUCCGUGCCUGGCUGAAGGAGAAAGAGAAGCAGCUGGAGCGCGACGGACGGGGACCCGGCAAAGGAGAGGCGGUCGAGCGCAUGGUUGAGUGGGUCAUGGCACAGCGAGAGCAGCAGCUGCCGGUCAACGAGAAGAACCUUUUCCAGAGGGCCUCUGAGAUUCACAGCCAGGGCGGACACAGCAGCUCCUUCCGCAUCUCUUACGACUGGGCAGUGAGCUUCAUGCUUCAGCACAGCCUUGGCUGGCAGGCUGUUGGGCAGACGCCCAUGGUAAGCCGCCGCCUGCCACGCUCCAUGGAGGACAACAUUAACUCCUAUACCAAGUUCACCCAUAAGCACAUCCAGGCCCACAAUCUGCCCCAAACAGACAUAGCUGCCAUGGAUGAGCUCUCAGUCUUCGUAGACUUUGAGGCUCUUACGGAUCCUGCAAAGGUUGACAAAGAAGGGGCUCUCCAGCUGGUAGGAACUAGAGAUCCCCUGGUCACCAUCUACCUGACAGCUCUCGCAAAUGGCACCAUGCUACCCACCCUGGUCUUAUUCAAGGGACAGCUCCCUGAGAUGCAGGACAAAGGCCUGCCCAACUCUGUCCUGCUGAAGGCCAAAGUAGAGGGAUUCACCAGGGAUGAGGAGCUGGCUCUUUGGGAGUCUCUAGUGUGGCGCAAACACAUGCUGGACCAGAGUAGGAGGACCAAAGGCAUGCUGAUCCUGGACAGCCAUCGCGGACACAUGUCUAAAGAUUUUCUGACCUCCCUUGGUGCAACUGCUACCCUGCCCGCCGUGGUUCCGGCUGGCUGCACCUGUCGCCUCCAGCCCCUGGAAAUGUGUGUGAGGCCUGUGCUGCAGAGCUUUCUGCUGGCCCGCUGGGCUUGGCUGACUGCACAGGGCGGGGCAGCAGGAGCCACUCAGAAAGACCUGGUGCAACUGCUAGUGGCCUGGCUAGUGGAGGCCCUGGCCUGUAUAGAGAAACAGCCAGAUUUGCUGCAACAAUCCUUCCACCUUACUGAUGUGGUCCCUGGACAGAGGGACCAGGAAAUGGCAGAGACUCUGGCAGAAAUCCAGUCAAAGCUAAUGGGUACUCUUAGAGAGGCCCUGCUAGGUCCUGAGAAUCUGGAGGUGGAGUCACCAAUGGAGCUGGUUCAAGAAGACUGCAUGGGCACAGAGGACAUGGAGGCCAGAGUAGAGCAGGUAGUAUAUGAAGAGCAAGAUGUUGGACAAGGGCAGGUGGAUGAGGACCAGGGAUGUGGAAAAGUCAAGGUGGACGACAAGCACAAAAAUGGAGGAAAGGUAGAUGAUAGUCGCAAGGCAGCUAUUGAAAUGGACAUGGACAUAACAGAGUGUAACAUCUUGGAGAAAAGGGGGGAAUGGACGGUGCCAUUACCAAUGGGCCAGGAGACUGGUGUUUCCCAUGAGGAUGAUGCAACCAAGUCUCCCCCUCUGGGUCCUCCCUUUUCUUGAAAUCUGAACUGAAUAUUGUUCUUCCUUCCUGCACAACAUUGGCCUUCCUGUAAAUUGCAACAGAGUGCAUACUUCUACCGUUAAUCAUAUCACGUCUUUAUUUCGUCAGUGGGGAUUACUUGCGUUGGACAUAAGUUCCAUGUUUUGCUUUUGUAAACACAAUAGGACAGACAGCAGUUUGGAUCCAAACUCCAUGAACUAAGACAUGUUCUUCUGGUAUAAAUUAUUUUACUGAUAGAGCGCAAGCCAGAGACUGUUAAUAAACUGUACUCAAACAUUCUUAAGGUGCUGUACUGGUAAUACAUGAAUACAGGUUUAAUGCAGUUUGAUAUUUACUAUGCCAUGUUUAGUUUUUACAGGAACAUAUAUCCUCUGACACAUUGGUGUUCACAGAACUGUUCCAAACCUUUUCAUCACAUAGUGUACUCUGGUGGCUGUAUGUUAUUUCCUUACCUUUAAAGUAGCCUGAUGGUAGCCUAGUUGAGACACUUUAAUACCUUAUUUGGAUAUGUAAAUAGUAUGUCUGGUGUCCAGACACAGCCAUAUUGCUAGAAAAAAUCAUGAGUUGUUAGGUCAAUAAUAAAUGGUUGGAAUAUG